AUGGCGACGGUUCUCGGCAAGCGGAAAAAUUCUUCUGGGACAAAAGAGCCCACUGGUGAGGAUGCCAUUCAGGACAUCUUCCGGCGACACUUUGAGGCCCAGUUCAAGCCCUUGCCCGUGGUCGCAAAAAAGGCCGAGAAGAAGGCGGGCAAGAAUGCGAACGCAAACUCGACCGAGACAAGCGGCAAGAGGCUGGGGACGGCCGCGACGGUUGUUAUAAAUGAGAACCAAAGCGACGACGACGAGUCAGAAGCUUCAUCGGCGUGGUCAGGAUUGUCUGAAGACGAAGAUGGGGACGAGGACAUGAACGAAUCCCGCGACGCAGCGCCGGCGGUCGAGGUCGUCGACUACAGUACCGACCCAACAAAAGAGACCCCUGAGGCGACCAUGACCAAGCAUGAGCGCAAACUCUAUUUGUCCAAACGACCGCCAACGUCGUUUGACGAGGACGCCACGCGCGCCGCCAACAGCAAGAAGAACAAGAAGAAAGAGGGGGCCGACAAACAGCAGUACAAGGACGCGCCCGACCUGCUUGCCAACGAUCUCGAACUGCAGCGCCUCAUCUCCGAAUCCCACCUCCUCGCCGGUGCCUUUGCCCUGCCCUCGUCCUUUUCCACCUCGUCCGGCGCCGCCUCUACUUUUGGAGCCGCCGGUGCCGCCGGCACAGCCAACCUGGCCAACCACAAGAGCAGCCAGCCCUUUGCUGCGGGCAAGCUGCGCCAGCGCGCCACCGACCUGCGCAUCCAGGCUGUCGCCAACAAGGCCAAGGGCGACGCGGUGGCCGGCGGAUCCGUCACUGUGAACCAGGCGAGUGAGAGCAUCUUCACGCAGGCCAAGAUGCCCAUGGCUAUGCGCAAGGGCAUUGCAGCAGCCGCGGCGUCGCGCGAGAGCAAGCGACGCCAGGAGGCGCGGGAAAGUGGCAUUGUGCUGGAGCGGCCGGCGCUGAAGCCGAGCAAGUCCGCGGCGAAACGGAUGCGUGCCGUGGAUGCGCCGGCCGUGGGCCGCUUACGGGGCUCCGAGCUGAAGCUGCGCGACCGGGAUGUCCGGGCGAUUGAAGGUCCCAAGAAGACCAUGCACGGCAAGAAGAGGAAGAAGCGGAGGUGA